CGCGCAGGCGCAGUCCCGCGCGUUGCAUUCUGGUCGGGUGAUGGCGCCGCGCGGGGAGCGGAGCGCGGGGACGGCGGGUUUCUCAGAGAUUCCCGUGAGGUUCUCGGACAGGAACGCCAUCUCCCGCUGCCUCCUGGUGAAGCCGCACCAGGCCCGUGAACCGGCCGCUGCCCGGCCCCAGAACCGAACUCUGUUCGUGCUCAACGUGCCACCCUACUGCACCCAGGACAGUGUGCACAGGCUUUUUUCACAAUGCGGUACUGUCACCUCUGUGGAACUGCAAGAAAAACCAGGCCCAGGAACCAAACCUGAGGCAAAGAAAUCAAAGUUCUUUUCUGGGAAACCCGUGGAGGGGUUCCAGGUGGCCUACAUUGUGUUCAAAACACCGGCCGGGAUGAAGUCCGCCCUGAAAGUCCAAAAGCCCUGGAUCCUGUCUCCGAGCGAGCACCCCAUCAAGACAGGCCUUCAGAAGUGGAUCCAGGAAUAUUCUUCCAGCAUCAUCGAUCCUGAGGCGCUGCAAAGCGAGGUCGACGAGUUCAUGAAGCAACAUGACAAGCGGAUGGCAGAGCUGGAGGCCCUUGCUGAGGCGGACGACGGGGUCCCGGACGAGGAAGGCUGGGUGAAGGUGACCAGGAAGGGGCGGCGUCCCGGCAUUCCCCGGACCGAGGCGCACAGCCUGCAGGCCAUCCAGCGCGAGAAGCGCAAACGAGCUCAGAAGGAACUGCUGAACUUCUACAGCUGGCAGCAGAAGGAUGCCAAGCGGGAACAUAUCGCCCAGCUCCGCAAGAAGUUUGAAGAGGAUAAGCAGAAGAUCGCUGUGAUGAGGGCUGAACGGAAAUUCAAGCCUUACUGAAGCCCGGUCAGGGUGGGGUUGGGGGUCAGGCGUGGGGGGGGGUUUGGGUUGGUGAUGAGGCUGCAGCGACCAGUCCCAGUCAAUGAAUGGUUUGCGAGAGAGUUCCUCCCUCGCACUCGCUCCUGUGGUAUCCUCGCGUGGGAAACACAACGACUUGGGACUAACUAUUUCCCUGGAGGGUGGGCAGGUGGGGAACAUUAAAUCUGUCGCCUGGUCCAUUGGCCUGGCCUGGACCCUGCGGUGGGAGGUGGAGCGGGGGCUUUGUUGCCUUAUUCUGGUUACUGGACCAUCAGCAUCUGUGGGGCAGGUGAAUCAGAGCUGAUGUUCCAGCUCACAGUGACCUCGACCGUCCGGUCACAGGUCAGUGAGCACGGAGCAGGCCUUGUCUGACUGGGGGCAGUGCCUGUGCAUACGGCACAAGAACGGAGAAGGCUGCGACCUCAGCAGGUCAGGCAGUGCCUGUGGAAGGAGAACCUAAGUUAAUGUUUCAGGUCACCCUUCUCUGUAACUGGGAGGUGAUGUGGGACUUGCACAUUCCCAGCACACAUCCUGGAUCUGAGUGUGUGUGUUCCCUACUGUACAGGGCCCCACUGUACAAAAGUCCAUUACUCAUUGGGAGAUGUAAAAUUUUCAUAAAUAAUCUAAUGACAUCAUCAAGCUUUGACAAGAAGUUCUGAGGUGCCUUGUUUAAUAUUAAAACAUAAUAAAAACAAAAUAUAACAAACUUUUGCCAGCUCAAGUUUCUGCGCCGGCUUGUGUCCGGCCUUGUCAAUGCUGUCUAACCGCUGGAACCUCACUGAAGCUCCCAGUCCAGGGGUCAAAUCUCGCUGCAGGUCAGUGCAGGUGGUCGUGCUGCUGAUUUGAAAUCUCUGGGGCCAUACUGUCAUUCCCUGAAACAAGCUCGCAGCAAUGAAAUGUAGGUAAAUUCACCAGUAUUCACAGUGUGCGGACACAGAAUAAUGGAAAGCUGGCAGCAGGUUGGCAAGAGGUGGGGUUCACGGUGUUGCAGCCAUUUGUUACCACAGCAGCGGGGAAUCAGCUCACUUUAUCGAUGUCUCCCAUUGGAAGCUGCUCAGUUGUCGCAGAUGAGAAGGUUUAUUUUCACACUGUUGAACUCAGAAUGUUUCAGCUUCACGCCCGGAAAUGUAUUUCAGAUUUUCUAAGAUAUUUAUAAAUAAAUAGGCAAUAUCUUGAAUACGGUCUCCUGCGCUGGUCCUUUGGAAACAAAGACGUUGAGAGAUGAAGACACCAGACUGCAGAUACUGGAAUCCGCAGACUGCUGGAGGGACUCAGCGGGUCGAUCAGCAUGUGUGGUGUGGGGGGGGGAGUGGUUGACAUUUCGGGUCAAGACCCUGUGGAAGCCGUGGCAUAGCAAGGGUUAAGAUAGUGUGCAGCUGCACAGAACAGUGUCCUUGAAAGAAUAAACUCCCCUUUGAACAGUGAAAUACCAAGGACAUCAGCAGACCAGACAAGAUGAAGAUGCUAAUGAUUGAUGAGAGAGCGCAGAGAAACAAUCGGGCAAUGACGCUGUACUAAAGC